ACAAGUACAUAUGUAAGUUCUGCGCAUGCUUAAGGCCAUAAAAGAAUGUUCACUUUUAAAUAAUGUUUUAUAAUGUUGACAUUGAGUCCGGACAAUAUUAAUAAUGAAAAGUAACUUGACGAUUCGGACACUUAUUUAUAUUUUUAUUUUAAGGGUUGCUUGUCCUAGGAGAGUGGAAGAAACUUUGAAAAUAACAGAGUUUUCCCAAAUAAGCGAAAAUCAUAAUAUUCGUGCACUCGAUAGGGGUCCCUAUUUUGAUACUUCUGCAACAAAAAAUGUGACUUCCUUAGUUGGAAGAACUGGAAAUCUUAAUUGUAGAAUAAGGAACCUUGGAAAUAAAACGGUAUCGUGGAUACGUCAUCGAGACUUGCACCUAUUAACCGUAUCUGAAAGCACUUACACUUCAGACCAACGAUUUUCCUCAAUUUACAAUAAACAAACAGGAGAUUGGUCUUUACAGAUUAAAUUUCCUCAACUGCGUGAUUCUGGAGUUUAUGAAUGUCAAGUAUCUACAACUCCCCCAGUUGGCUACACAAUGAUAUUUUCUGUUGUAGAGCCUAUCACAAGUAUUCCAGGAGGGCCUGACAUAUACAUUGAUUUGGGAUCAACAGUUAAUUUGACUUGCGUAAUUAAGCACCUUCCUGAUCCACCUACCACAGUGCAUUGGACUCACAAUAAUCAGGAGAUAAAUUAUGAUUCGCCACGUGGAGGAGUAUCUGUAAUUACUGAAAAAGGAGACAUAACUACAUCGCAUCUUUUGAUACAAAGAGCCAAAACAUCUGAUUCAGGAAAAUAUUCUUGUUUGCCGUCAAAUGCAAAUCCAAUAUUGGUUAAUGUGCAUAUAUUGCAAGGUUAUCAGCCAGCAGCUGUGCAAAAAGCAGACAAAAAAGUGGCUGGAUUAAUCAUUUUGCUAAAUCUGGCUGUCCUUUUAGCAAUUUCUUAAAUAACGAGUAAAUCAAAAAACAUUUAUUUAUCUUAUAUGUGUAUCGUUUUGUAUAAAAUCAAUUUGCUAAAUAAACAAAAAUAAUUAAGGAACAAAAA